UCCAGCCACGGCCUGUGGCGCGUGCUGCACCAUGAUCUCCGCCAAGGAGAAAAAUAAGACCCCCAAGGACAGCAUGACGCUUCUGCCCUGCUUCUACUUCGUGGAGCUGCCCAUUGUGGCCUCGUCCAUCGUGUCCCUUUACUUCCUGGAACUGACCGACCUCUUCAAGCCAGCCAAGGUGGGCUUCCAGUGCUAUGACCGCACGCUGUCCAUGCCCUACGUGGAGACCAACGAGGAGCUCAUCCCGCUGCUCAUGCUUCUGAGCUUGGCAUUCGCUGCACCUGCCGCCUCGAUCAUGGUCGGCGAGGGUGUGCUGUACUGCCUGCAGUCUCGGCUAUGGGGCCGCGGCGGGGACCCGGGCGGGGCAGAGGGCAGCAUCAACGCCGGUGGCUGCAACUUCAACUCCUUCCUGCGGCGCACGGUGCGCUUUGUGGGCGUCCACGUGUUUGGCCUGUGCGCCACGGCCCUGGUGACUGAUGUCAUCCAGCUGGCCACAGGCUACCACGCACCCUUCUUCCUGACCGUCUGCAAACCCAACUACACGCUGCUGGGCACGUCGUGUGAGGCCAACCCCUACAUCACGCAGGACAUCUGCUCUGGCGCCGACGCCCACGCCAUCCUCUCUGCGCGGAAGACCUUCCCGUCGCAGCAUGCCACGCUAUCCGCCUUCGCGGCUGCCUAUGUGUCGAUGUACUUCAACUCGGUCAUCUCGGACACCACGAAGCUGCUCAAGCCCAUCCUGGUGUUCGCCUUCACCAUUGCGGCAGGCGUGUGCGGCCUCACCCAGAUCACGCAGUACCGCAGCCACCCCGUGGAUGUGUACGCCGGCUUCCUCAUCGGCGCGGGCAUUGCCGCCUACCUGGCCUGCCACGCGGUGGGCAACUUCCAGGCUCCGCCCGCGGAGAGGCCGGCAGUGGCGGCGGCGGCGCCCGCCAAGGAUGCACUGCGCGCACUGACCCAGCGGGGCCACGACUCGGUGUACCAGCAGAACAAGUCCGUGAGCACAGACGAGCUGGGCCCGCCGGGGCGGCUGGAGGGCGCGCCGCGGCCGGUGGCGCGCGACAAGAGCUCGCUGGGCAGCCUGAAGCGCGCCAGCGUGGACGUGGACCUGCUGGCGCCGCGCAGCCCCAUGGGCAAGGAGAACAUGGUGACCUUCAGCAAUACACUGCCACGCGUCAGCACGCCCUCGCUCGACGACCCCGCGCGCCGCCACAUGACCAUCCACGUGCCGCUGGACGCCUCGCGCUCCAAGCAGCUCAUCACCGAGUGGAAGCAGAAGUCGCUGGAGGGCCGCGGCCUGGGGCUGCCGGACGAGGCCAGCCCCGUGCACCUGAGGGCGCCGGCCGAGCCCAUGGCGGAGGAGGAGGAGGAGGAGGAAGACGACGAGGAGGAGGAAGAGGAAGAAGAGGAGGAAGGGGGCCCGGUGCCGCCCUCGCUCUACCCGACGGUCCAGGCGCGUCCGGGGCUCGGGCCCCGGGUCAUCCUGCCGCCGCGCGCGGCGCCGCAGCCGCUGGUGCACAUUCCCGAGGAGGGGGCCCAGGCGGGGGCUGGCCUGUCCCCCAAGAGCGGCGCCGCCGUGCGCGCGAAGUGGCUUAUGAUGGCCGAGAAGACCGGGGCGGCCGUGGCCGCUACGCAGCCCCGCGUGGCCAACCCGCCGCGGCUGCUGCAGGUCCUCGCCAUGUCCAAGGCGCCCGGCGGCGCGGGUGCCAAGGCUGCCGAGACGGGGUCGUCGUCCAGCGCCAGCUCGGACUCGUCGCAAUACCGGUCGCCAUCGGACCGCGAUUCGGCCAGCAUCGUCACCAUCGACGCGCACGCGCCGCACCACCCCGUGGUCCACCUGUCGGCGGGGAACGGCCCUUGGGAGUGGAAGGCAGCGGGCGGCGGGGCCAAGGGGCCGGAGGGUGACGGCACCUACGAGCUGGGCGACCUGGCGCGCGGCUUCCGCGGCGGGCCCCGGCCGCCUGGCGUAUCGCCCGGCUCGUCAAUCAGUGACGUAGACCAGGAGGAGCCGCGGUUCGGGGCGUGGGCACUCCCCCCCCCCUUCCGAACUAAGUCCGGGGGCGAGCCGGGCCGGUCGCGCGCGGGGCCAUCUGCGGGGUGGGCUGCCGGGGAGCGGGCGGGCGGGCCCCUGGCUCCAGGGGCGGGUCCUGUCUGCGCCGAGGCCCGGGAAGCAGCAGGCCGCAAACGCACAGCGGCGGACAGGCUUCUGCCCCCGCACUGUCCUGGCCGAGCGGGGGCGCAGCGGGCCGUCCCUGUGCCCGUGGCUUGGAGGGGCCCCGACCCGGGACGCCGAGCCUGCCCACAGUCCACGAGCAGUCAGACGAGCGGAGGGAGGAAGGUGGAAGGCUGGCCCCAGAGGGAAAGCAGUUAA